GUAUGUGUCUUGCUUGCAUCUAGUUCCAGUUUUCAAAUCUGCAUACAAAUCACAUACAAGGUGAAUAUGAAUUGCCUAAGGAACCUUUGAGAGGUAUCAAUUUUGGCUGGAUCUGAUGGCCAUGGAAGAAGGCAUUUUCUAGGAGGCAGUGUCACUUGGCACUAUCCAGUAGUGUUUACCUGGAGUUUACCUGGAGAGAGUUCCGGGGAUCAACGCCCCCGCGGGUGUGUCAGUUGUCGUGCAACAGUUUGCUGACAGUGUUAUAUUGUUCUACAGAAUUUUCAAUUAUCCUCAAGAAAAUCUGAUAAUGGGUGGCAAUUUCCUUUUCCAGGUUCUUGACAUUAGUUUUCUUGGCCUGAAAUCAAUUUCACUUAAACUGCAUCUCAUCCAGGCUGAAGUGCAGAUGUAAUAGGAAGUGGCAUUCUGUCACUGCAGAGUGCUUAACAAGGUUCAGUACUAGUGCCACUUCCCUUGAAACUUCAGAACCUCUUCAGGCUUAAGAUCAUCUGCACAGUAGAUUCCUUUAACUUCUAGUCCAUCACCUUUGCCAACAUUUCAAAUUAUCCCAGAAUGGAGGAAGGAGCUACAGGUGGUAUGGAAUGUGAGGAGGAGGAGCAGAACAAGGACGCAAUUAACCUGCGUCAGUGUAUCAGCCAGGCUCUCAAGACCUCAGUUAGAGAUGCGCUGGCGCUCCUCUAUCGUGAAAGAUUCCCCAUGGCACACCCUAACACACGGCCUUAUGAUGUACUCAACGCUCACGGCUGGGCUCGUACACUGCUCAAGCGUAAUCCUCAAAUGAGUGAGAGGAUCAAGGAGAACAUUGUGGACAAGCUGGACGUGUCAGCCCUUGGCAUUUUGCUGCGUUAUGGAUGUGGGCUGUCAACCAAUGAUAAGAUGUGGAAAAAUCCCUUUAGUUUAGAAGGGAAUAUUCAGAAGCUGCGUGAUCUACGGAAUGAGGAUGCUCACUGGACACAAACGACCUGCUCUAAAGAUGAUCUAGAGACCACCUGGAUGCAGCUGGUUGAGGCUGUAAGAAACGUCCUCCACCUGGGUGGCCUUACCAAACAUCAGCCCAAAAUCAUGCAACAACUGAAAGACAUUAUUCACUCAUCCGUGAUGUACCUACAAAAAAAGAUCCGGAAUGAGCUUCUGGACACCUACAGGAAUAACCGCAAGACAACACUGAUGCCUCUCUUAUGGGCCGGCAAGGACUAUGACUUCCACCACCACGUCAGCAAGACUUACACCAGCACCAGAUUCACAGUUCUUAAUGAUGGGUGAGUUUACUUACACCAGCACCAGA